AUGGGUCGCAAAAAAUUCAUGCUCGAUGACGCCCUACGCGGCCGUAACAAACUCAUCCAAGACUCGAUGUGCAAAGAUACAGGGAUCCGACGAGACCGCAAGCAGAUAUCGAGCCAUCUCCAAGUGCUUAAACAGCAUCUCAAAGAUCAGCCUGGUGAGGACGAAGACAAGAAACGCCACCGUGGGAGGGAGGCUGCGAACUCGUAUUACCUGUCACACUUGGGCGGGCGCCGCCAUCCGGAGCAGCGUGUGGGCGGCGGUUCAGAAUACGAUUACAGCGCUGCUCUCCCUAUUUCAACAUACAGCAGCAACGAGCUUGUAGGCCACCCAUCGCUACACUCCUCCUCUUCCGCGAACCUGAACCCUACGCUCUGGAACUUGGUAAGCCCGUUACAUGAAGACACUAGCUCUGGCGCCGUGAACCUAGGCGGUGUUUUAGGAAGCAUGAGCAGCAAUGUUCCUAGGGUGAUGGAGGGGAAGGACAGUAUGCAGCAAAGUGGACUGGGGGAUGUGGGAUUGGGGGUGUUGGGUUCGAUUGAGCGGGAUCAGAGGGCUAGGGGGUACUAACCUCCUCCCCGUAUUUCUUGUUCUUGCAAGAGAGGGGUUACUGUGGAAGGAAGCCGCUUCUCAUCAGACGCCAAAGUCGACAGCGGGCUGACACCGAGAUUUGGGUCUUCGAUGGGGUUUGUUGUUAUGGCUACGAUGUCACGAUGUUUGUUAUGAUAUGUCGCUUACGGACGAUACUACUAUUCUACUGUAAUACUAAUAAUGGCAAUACACGUUUACUAAGUUCACAUGCAUAUACCUUCACUACUGUAGGACGUCAAGUUUGACACGAGAUGUAAGUGUGCCACUUCAAUCAUGCAUUGACGGAGAGUAGCUAGCUACAAAGAUUGCUCUUCCAGCCAGGUCUCAACCAGUGCCCCAGCACAUAUCAAGUAAGGAAGUAUAUCUGAUUCUCGGCAUGUCGUGCGUUCAGUCUGUAUGCUAAGUAAGGAGAGUUGCAAGUCAGCCUCCUCAUGAUCAA